AUGGCUCCCUCACCCAUUCAGAUUCCCAAACGGGAGACCAGCCAUUUGUCUGCGACCUUGGCUUCUCCCGCCACAGCACACAUGGCCACAACCACGCUGCGCGUGAGCGCGUUGAAGCAUCAUUGUGCCAUACUAACCCUGGUCCUCUACAGUUGCGGCGCAUGCACAUCGGCCAUUGAAGCUGGCUUCAAGGGCCUCGAAGGCGUCGGCAGCGUCUCCGUCAGCCUCGUCAUGGAGCGCGCCGUCGUCAUGCACGACCCGGCCAAGAUUUCUGCCGACCAGGUCCAGGAAAUCAUCGACGACCGCGGCUUCGAAGCAGAGGUCAUCGCCACCGACCUACCCAGCCCCGUCGCCUCCCGCCACCCGAGCGUCUCCCUCGAGCCGAACACAUUUACCACGACAAUUGCCGUCGAGGGUAUGACCUGCGGCGCGUGCACGUCGGCCGUCGAGGGCGGCUUCAAAAACGUCCCCGGCGUCCACACCUUUAGCAUCUCUCUACUCUCCGAGCGCGCCGUCAUCGAGCACGACGCCAGUCGCCUGACGGCAGAGCAGAUUGCCGAGAUAAUAGAGGACCGCGGGUUUGACGCCGAGAUCAUUGACAGCGUGCGGGUGGCCCCAGCGGCAGAUCAAAAGGAUGAGGCGGCUAGCAGCGUGGCCACAACGACGCUGGCGAUUGAGGGCAUGACGUGCGGCGCGUGCACGUCGGCCGUCGAAGGUGGCUUCAAGGGCGUCCAAGGCAUUUUGAAAUUCAACAUUAGUCUGCUCGCCGAGCGAGCCGUCAUCACACACGACGUGACAAAAAUCUCCGCUGACAAAAUCGCUGAAAUCAUCGAGGACCGAGGGUUCGACGCCGCCGUCUUGUCGUCCGUCUUUGACGUGCAGGAUGUCGGCACCGGCACCACGACAGCUCAGUUCAAGAUUUACGGAAACCCGGAUGCCACGGUGGCCCGGGAGCUGGAAGCCAAGAUUCGCGCACUUGCCGGCGUCAAGUCCGCCUCGCUCAGCCUGUCCACCGACCGGCUGUCCGUCACCCACAACCCGUCCGUCAUUGGGCUGCGCGCCAUUGUCGAGGCCGUCGAGGCCGAGGGCCUGAACGCGCUGGUGGCCGACAGCCAGGACAACAAUGCGCAGCUCGAGUCACUUGCCAAGACACGCGAGAUUACCGAGUGGCGGACGGCAUUCCGGGCGUCGGUCUUGUUCGCCGUGCCCGUCUUCAUCAUUGGCAUGAUUCUGCCCAUGGCACUGCCGAGCCUGGACUUUGGCAAGGUCUCACUCUGCCCCGGCCUCUUCCUUGGCGACGUCAUCUGCCUGGCCCUCACCAUACCCGUGCAGUUUGGCAUCGGCAAGCGCUUCUACAUUUCCGCGUACAAGUCGGUCAAGCACGGCUCGCCCACCAUGGACGUGCUCGUCAUCCUCGGCACGUCGUCUGCCUUCUUCUUUAGCGUCUUUUCCAUGCUGGUCUCGAUCCUCAUGCCGCCGCACUCGCGGCCCAGCACCAUCUUCGACACGAGCACCAUGCUCAUCACUUUCAUCACCUUUGGCCGCUACCUCGAAAACAGCGCCAAGGGGCAAACGUCCAAGGCCCUGUCGCGCCUCAUGUCGCUGGCGCCGUCCAUGGCCACCAUCUACACGGACCCCAUCGCCGCUGAGAAGGCCGCCGAGGCCUGGGCCAAGUCGGCCGACGCCGCCACGACGCCGCGUACCCCACGCGCCCCCGGCGCCGAAGGCUCCGCGUACGAGGAACGGUCCAUCCCCACCGAGCUGCUGCAGCUGGGCGAUAUUGUCAUUACCCGGCCCGGCGACAAGAUUCCCGCCGACGGCACCGUCGUCCGUGGCGAAACCUACGUCGACGAGAGCAUGGUGACGGGCGAGGCCAUGCCGGUGCAGAAGCGACUCGGCGACAACGUCAUUGGCGGCACUGUCAACGGCAACGGGCGCAUUGAUUUCCGCGUCACGCGCGCCGGCCGCGACACGCAGCUCAGCCAGAUUGUGCGCCUCGUGCAGGACGCGCAGACGACGCGCGCGCCCAUCCAACAGGUCGCCGACACUCUCGCUGGCUACUUUGUGCCCACCAUUCUCGUCCUCGGCCUCGGCACGUUUCUCACCUGGAUGGUGCUCUCGCACGUGCUCGCGCACCCGCCGGCCAUUUUUCUGCAAAACGCGAGCGGCGGAAAGAUCAUGGUCUGCGUCAAGCUAUGCAUCUCAGUCAUUGUGUUUGCCUGCCCGUGCGCGCUCGGCCUGGCCACGCCGACGGCCGUCAUGGUCGGUACUGGCGUGGGCGCCGAGAACGGCAUCCUCAUCAAGGGCGGCGCGGCGCUCGAGCGCACCACCAAAGUGACCAAGGUCGUCCUUGAUAAGACGGGUACUAUUACUCACGGCAAGAUGAGCGUGGCGCGCAUGACGCUCACGCCUGCGUGGGAAACGACCAACGCGACCCGCCGUCUGUGGUGGGCCAUUGUCGGUCUUGCAGAGAUGGGCAGCGAGCACCCAGUCGGAAAGGCUAUUCUCGGCGCGGCUAAAGACGAGCUGGGGCUAGGGCCCGAGGCUGCUCUCCCUGGCAGCGUCGGCGACUUCAAGGUCAACGUCGGCCGUGGCGUCGUCGCGCAGGUCGAGCCCGCGAUGUCGGCCGACCGCACGCGCUACCGCAUCGUCGCCGGCAACCUGCGGCAUCUCAACGACCACGGCAUCCCCGUCCCCGAAGACGCCGUCGAGGCCGCUGAACAGCUCAACGUGCACGCCGCCAAGAACUCCACGACCACCAGCAAACCCACAACCACCAGUACUGCCGCCGGCACGACCAACAUCUUCGUCGCCGUCGACGGCCAAUACGCCGGCCACCUCUGCCUCGCCGACACCAUCAAGGACGGCGCCGCGGCCGCCAUUGCCGUCCUGCACCGCAUGAAGAUCCAAACCGCCAUCGUCACCGGCGACCAGCGCUCCACGGCGCUCGCUGUCGCCGCCGCCGUCGGCAUCCCCCCCGCCGACGUCUUCGCCGGCGCCUCACCCGACCAGAAACAGUCCAUCAUCCGCAGCCUGCAAGCGCAGGGCCAUGUCGUCGCCAUGGUCGGCGACGGCAUCAACGACUCGCCCGCGCUCGCCACGGCCGACGUCGGCAUCGCCAUGUCGUCUGGUACCGACGUCGCCAUGGAGGCGGCCGACGUGGUGCUCAUGCGGCCCUCGGACCUCAUCUGCAUCCCGGCCGCGCUCGCCCUCACGCGCAGCAUCUUCCGCCGCAUCAAGCUGAAUCUCGGCUGGGCCUGCCUGUACAACCUCGUCGGCCUGCCCGUCGCCAUGGGCUUCUUCUUGCCGCUCGGUGUCCACAUGCACCCCAUGAUGGCCGGCUUCGCCAUGGCCUGCUCCUCCGUGUCGGUCGUCGUGUCGAGUCUGCUGCUCAAACUCUGGCGCAGACCCCGCUGGAUGGACGAGGCGGCCGCGGAACGCACCGGUGGGCUGCGCUGGCAGAGAGGACGCGGCGUUGUGGGUUGGGUCAGGGAGAUGCUGCUGCGUGGUGGCCGCGCCGGAGGCAAAGGUGACGAGGGCUACGUGCCGCUGCAAAACCUGGAGACGUGA